GCAGAGAAGAAGAAGCAGCUGCGGCAGCGUAUGCGAAAAAGUUUAAAAAUAAACAAAUUCCGUUUUAAAUCAAACUGAUAUUCAAUUUUCCGGGCGCGCAGUUGAUUCGUAGCAGCCGACACAAACACAAACACAAAGAGUCUGAUUAUUAAGCGAAUCGGGCCCAUUUCUGCUGGGACGUCGCCUCAAUAUUGGGAUCCAUAUCAGUUCGUUCUGUUCACUUCGUCGUGGCGCACGGGAAUCAGAAGCCCAGCAGCGCAAAGCUCUUGCAAUGAUUGUCGCACACUUUUUAGGCAUAAGCGGGUCCCUUCCAGAUCCGAGCUUCAGUCAGUUUCAGCGAUAUGCGCUACAUAAAGCCGGAGCCGUACUAUGAAGGGCUUCCACCAUUCAAUGUCAGCGGCAGUCCGUUCAACGUGGUGCCCAUCCACAACUAUCCGGAGCUGAUGAAGGACACUUGCGCCCUGAUCAACGCCGAGUGGCCCCGAUCGGAAACGGCGCGCAUGCGCUCCCUGGAGGCCUCCUGCGACACACUGCCCUGCAGCCUGGUGCUGACCACCGAGGGCAUGUGCCGCGUGAUCGCCCACCUGAAGCUCAGCCCGAUCACCUCAAAGAAGAAGGCAUGCUUCGUGGAGUCCGUGGUGGUGGACAAGAGGCACCGCGGCCAGGGAUUCGGCAAGCUGAUCAUGAAGUUCGCCGAGGACUAUUGCCGCGUUGUGCUGGACCUCAAGACCAUCUAUCUGUCCACCAUCGACCAGGAUGGUUUUUACGAGCGCAUCGGGUACGAGUACUGCGCACCCGUCACGAUGUACGGUCCGCGUCACUGCGAGCUGCCCAGUCUGCAAAAUGCCAAAAAGAAAUACAUGAAAAAGGUCUUAUAGACGUCAACGCCAGUGGUAGUUGGCUUAGCCAAAUUGGGCCAUGCCGAGCCCGAUCAGAGAGUGGCAGUGAACUAGUCAAAUUGGCAAACGCUUGAAAUUCUUUACGGGUUUACCUGCCAGCAGCUGCUCAGAGCCAUAACCUGUGGACGCCAGGCACUCUGCCAAAUGCAGGGAUGAGUGCCACGUUCCUUGAGCGGCCUACGGGGCAGCUACAGCUUUUGAUUCCAUUACACCGAUAAGCAAACAUUCACCAAACGCUUGUGUUGAUUUUUCAAUAUUACUUUCCGCAUGUAUUUUUUAAACUUUUUGGUUCUUUUUGUAUGACAAAGGUGACCCCCGGGCUGUUCGGUACAUGUAUAAGGCUAAUGUUAACCUAAUCCUAACUAUGUUUAGUUAUUAUUAUUUGUUAUGGUUUUGUUCAAGUGUGUGCAUAAUUGCUACUAGAUGAAAAUUUACCUGCCAGCGAUGAUGAUAAUAAGAAGCUCAAGUAUCUUCCAACGAAACAUAGCAUAUAGACAUAUCGAGCCUUAGCAUUAAGCACUAAACAAUAAAAUGCGUAGAAAUGUAA